CGGCGAUGGGGAGCUGGGCCCUGGCGUGGACGGUGCUUUGCAGCCUGGUCGCUGCAACCCUGGUCUCAGCUGAUGAAGACUGCAAGUGGUAUAUAGACAGAAAUGGCUCCUGGCACCGUGGCAUCGACUGCAACUUCCCUUCUUUCUGCUGUGGUGACUGCUACCAUCGCUUCUGCUGCUUUGAUAUCAGGAACCUUCUCACUGAACGGCAGCAAAAGCACUGCAUGGCCUUUGGCCCGAGGACCAUUGCUGGCAUCGCUUCAGCUGUGAUUCUCUUUGUGGCCAUUGUUGCCACCAUUGUCUGCUGCUUCCUGUGCUCCUGCUGCUACUUGUACCAGCGACGGCAUCACAUGCAGACUCCUUAUCAAGGUCAAGAGAUUCCACUUUCUGGUUAUCCUGAUCAGCCACCAGACCCUUAUCCUAUGGAUCCAAAAGCAGGGCCAGCAUUUCAUCCUGGAUAUGCCCCUGUGUUUCCCUACCCACCUACAGUUCCAGCACAGUAUCCUCUAUAUCCACCUGGGCCACCAUACUACAAUCCUUCAGCUCCUCCACCAUACAUCCCACCGCAACCAACACAGCCCAGCACUUGAGAAGAAUCUUGGAGGACUAAUCAAAAGAAGCCUUUCUCUAUGGGCCUGCUAACUCCCUUUUUACAGAACUUGUAGGGGGACUCCAACUGUGCUGAAACCCUAGCCUGUGUCAGUAUUUGCCAGUGUUUUUAAAAAAAUUAGUUUUCUGCAUGGUAGGAAGCAUUGUGACUUUUAAUUCUUUUCUCCACUCAAUCCAGAUACUGAGAGAAUCACCUUGCCCUCCUCACUUACUAUAUGGUUCAAGAAGUAGCUGAUGAUUACAAAUGCAAGUGCCCAAAGCUUGUGCAAGCACCAUACGUGUAAUUUGGCAGAUUUUUCCUCUCUGAAACCAAACUUUUCAGAGGGAGUGGGUAGGCAGAUUGCCUCCAGGGGGUUGCAAAGAUCUAAGUGAAACUCUCUUUCCCUAAACUGCCAGGAGGAUCAAUUUUAGUUCCAUUCUUCAUAACUUCCAGGUGAUUUCCAGGUGUCUUAAGGAAGCCCUGAGGCCUAAGAUGGAUAUACAUAUAGAAAGUCUGAAGAUAUUUGGUGCUGCUAAAGAU